AUGGACCGUCACGGCGUCCGUACGCAUCACGAGAUGCAAAUAGACCUCUCAACUGAUGCGCAAGAGAACAAGGAUCCCAACGGUAUUCGAAUCGCCGCCAAGUUGCUCCAAACCGCGCCAAAACAAGCGAUUAACCGUCGCAGUGCACCAAGGUCCAGCACCACUGACUGUUUUACGCCCCGUCGCGCACUCCACAGCAUCGAUAGCAACUGCGUUUUAUCAGCAAUGGACUCUACAAGACGUGGACAAUUGGACUGUCGUUCUUUCGAUGUUAAAGACCCAGCAGAAGCUGCAAAAUCGCCCCAAAAAGCGUCACGAUCGACUCCAGACACUCCUGUAGCUGGAAAAGAGCUCGUUACUGACCGUAACAAUCGUGUUACUUCAGCUGAAAAUGCUGCAAAUCUGUUGACAAGUUCUUGUCGUCAAUUGGAGCUCCAGGAGAGCGAGAACUUGGCCUGGAUGGACAUGAUGCUCGCCUUGCUGGAGAAGCGCUAUGGUUCUACUGGCGCGCUUCCAGUGUCUCUUACGGACCUGGAAGCUGCCAAUAUGUUCAACUUGUCAUGGGUCAAGAGCCUUAAGACGGGAUUUGCCAAUGAACAAGCUCUGUCCAAGCGUUCGCGAAGCUUGGACGAUACUAAAACCAAGACUUUAGUUGCUGGUACUUUUCAUGAGGGCGAUGAUGGGAGGUUUUCACUUUCGAGCUCAAGAUGUUUGCAGCAACAACAUCUCUUAUUGCACUUGGAUCAGGAGUCUGAGCAGACAAAAGCAAGCAAACGACAACGUCUCGCGCUGCGACAUGCGCAGCAGAUUCAAGUCUCGAGUGCUGCGUCAGUCUCUAGUUGUGGAUGCAAGACUGGCUGUCUCAAGAUGUACUGCACGUGCUUUAGCUCUCGAGGAUUCUGCCACGAUGGAUGUGCCUGUGACGAGUGCAAGAACAGCCAUGUGAACAAAGCGGAACGUGUGGACGCUAUUCAAAAGUAUUUAGUCAACGACCCGCGCGCGUUCUCCUUUGCGUUGGUGCCUCGAGAUGCUGUUACGACGGGCUUCCUUCACCUUUUGCCAGAGAAAAGUAGCACGGUCGUCAUGCGCGGGUGUCGCUGCCAGAAGUCCAAGUGUAUGAAGAAGUACUGCGAGUGUUUCCAAAAUGGUGUUGUGUGCACAUCGCACUGCCGCUGCGUGAGCUGCUCCAAUAACAGCGAUGCCUUAUCGUUGCAAACAGAGCAUCACGCUCGUGCUUACGUCGAGCGUGGUGCUCGAUCGGAAUCGGUGACUUCCAAGCCGAAGGCAUUCCAUUCCGUGCAAAUCACUGUGACAAAGCAGCCACGCCGGAAUCACGUGGGCAAGACUCUGCGCUUGAAUCUAUGA